AUGGCUUUCUUGUUCCUUCUAUCCCUAGCAGCCUAUGUCUCGUCCGCGCCUGUUGCAUCUGUUGCAUCUGUGGCACCUACACCUACACCUGCAGCUGUUGCGCCUAUUGCGGCUGAAGGUGAGAGAGUAGGUUGGACAUCGAACCCUGAUGGUCGCGGAACCUCGAAAAUUAUUAUCAGUUGUUCCCUCACUAUUGCACUCUGUAUAUGGACUGCAAUCCACCCCGAUCUCGUCAGGAAACCUUUGAAAGACAAAGCAGACCCCAGUGGGAGCGAAAACAGUUCCUCAGCGGGCGCCGAAACCCCGGACGGCGAAGAGGUUAAUCCACGGAGCGAUACAAACACCCCCGAUAGUGCACAAACAGCAGUAGCUCCGUGUCCAACCUGUGGUGAGACUCAAAAGUCUAGGCGCGACGCUACUCCGGGUGUCGGAGGGGGCGCCGUCGCUCCUUCACGAGGCCAUACAAGUAGCCCCGAUCCUAUAACUGCGGACCACAUGGGAGGCAACACAAGUGUUACUUCACAUAGCGUUAAUGCAACUCCUCCAGCAGCAACCGGGGACAGCAAAUCACAGCCCGGCGCUCCAGAACCAAAUAAACCUCCGCAAAGCGACGUUUCAAAACGCUUCUGGCAAAAACUGUACCUUUCUUUCAAGGCCCUUUUCAUGCCAGAAGAGGUAGUUACAGAUGCUCGGAAGCAGUGGAUUCAUGCUUUCCGACUGCAUCGCGCCAUGAUAGCUGGGCACUACAUAUUACACAAUACAUCUACGGACGAGAAUAACAAUUAUAUUUUCGAAGAAAACCGAGUCGGACCAUUUAACUGCUGUGAGGUCAAAGAUCCGGUCAAGUGGGAUGUAUUCAGAAAAGAGGUUGCUUUCUUUGUGGUUCAGGGUGGAUUUGUGAGGAAAGAUGGUACCUUGAUAUCCCCUUUGGACCUUUACUCCGCCUACAUGACCAACCCCAAGAGCGUCCGCGACCAAAUCAAAGUUGAGGAUAUCCGCGACAAGGGCAAUGCAAAUGUUCUUACCAAAGUCAUUGUAUCUUUCCAAUGCGGGUGGUAUGUCCUGAACCUCCUAGCUAGACUCGUUUCGGGCCUCCCUAUAGCACUUCUCGAGCUGCAUGCGAUGAUUCACAUUGUCGCUACUUUAGUGAUGUACAUGUUUUGGUGGAAUAAGCAACUGGACGUCAGCGAGCCGAUUAUACUAGAAAUCCCUCACUUCAAAUAUAAUAAGACCUGGGCAGAUGUCCCAAUAGAAGCGGUGCGACCAAGUAAAGGCUGGAAGAGACCACUCAGCGAAGUAUGGGUUUUGCCACCAAAAAAGCAUGACGAAAUUAAAUGGAACGCUGCCAUCGAUGCGCUCAAGGCGUUGAAGACAGAGUUCAUUGCAUUGGAGAAAGAGCCUCUAUCAUCCGCGGAUUCCACAUAUGAUGAUUGCAAUUGUGGGAUGAAUGGAGAUGGACUAUUUCAGCGACUAUUAUCAGACUGGGGAUCAUUUCUUCAGCGUGGACCUAAAAUCAGAACCAAGGACCAGGAAACGACUAGUAGAGGAGAAACUGGUGAGGAAGAAAAGGGAUCUAAGACCACAACUACAACGAUCCCUGCCGACCCAUCGCCAGAUUCUCACCUUGAGAAUGAAGAUGAAAAGGAUGAAAGAUUUUCGGGAAUCAAUCUUAAGCUGGCUUGCGCAUUCUAUAUCACCUACGCAGGUUUACAUGCAACCGGAGGGAGAUUCUCUUUCCCCAGCAAAGAAGAGCAAUUGAUAUGGAGGAUCUCAUGUUUGGUUAUCGCAAUAACACCCUUUCUGAUCGCUUUGGUUAAGAGAAUUCUUAAAAUGAUGAAGAUUUCAGCGAAGGAGGACGGCUUACGCGGCCUUUGGUUCAAUGGCAUCUUGUGCAUCUUAUAUCUGGGGGGCGCCUGGACACUUCUGAUUGAAAGUAUUCUCAGUCUAAGGAACCAACCAAAGGAGUUAUACCAGACACUCGACUUGUCUAUCUACGUUCCUCACAUUUGA